ACCAGUAACGUGAAAGUUCUUUUUGUGUGGGAAAAUGAUUGCUUGAAUGGGGCUUUUAGUAAUCAAUGACAUUGUCAGUCUUAACAGCUAGGUUCAGAUAUGAUCAGGAAGUUUAAAUUUGGGUGUUUGCAUGUAAAAAUUGAUCAUACAUGUAGUGAUAACAUUAUGUUCAAAUUAAAUAUAUAUCUAUGUAGAGACUUUCCGUAUCUCAAAUAUGGAAGUGUGCGAUAACGAAGUCAAUAAACUGUAAACUAAACUAUAAGUGCUUUAAUAUCUGUAUUAAGUUGCAGAUAUAAGUUUUUGUAUGUAGCAUCAGGCAUAAGUUUAAGUAAAUUACCAUGAAAGUGACUUUAAAAAAAAUAGGAUUUUAUCUUCUGUAUUGGUAAGGGAGGUGUAUAGCUGGUAGGCCAGAUCACUGUGAAGUGUUGGAAGACACGUACAACAAUGGCACACGCUGUGACCUCUGAGAACAUCAUCAAGCAGGGUUACCUAAAGAAGAGUGUGCAGUCAUCGGACCCAGCGCCCUCCACCUCCAAACUGCUGGCCAAAAACAUUAGACAGAAACUAGAGCCGACCCGUUGGUACGUGUUUGUGGUUCGUAACCGGUGUCCAUACCUAGAGUACUAUGAGAGGGAGGAGCAGGUGUUCAGUGGGAGGCCAAUACGCUCGUAUGACCUGUCCACCUUCCAGAACCUCUCCUACACCAUGGGGCGUACCAGCACCGAAUUUAUAUUCUGCCUCAUCCUGGCAGACCGCAAUAUAGAGCUGUCAGCUGCUAGCAGAGUGCAGAUGGUGGAAUGGUGCCGAUGCCUAGAGCGUCAUCUGCGAAAUUUGGGCAUACGGCAGAAGAAUCAGAAGGGAGACCAUGAGUACACCUCUUUCCCGGUGAGACCUAAACCCCCAGCCCCCAAACCCCCAGAAGACACCCCACCUGAUGCAGCUACCAAUCACCUAGUGGACUAUGAUGACCUCAGUAUGGACGGCGUCACUGAUGGACAGAUGGCUGCGGAAAAUGAUGAGACUUUAGAUUAUGUUGAUCCAGAGACAAUUCAUCCAAAACCUGUGUGUGACUUGAGCAAUAUGGAAACAUUGCCUCUUCGCCCACCACCAGUGAUACCCCCUAGACACUCCAAAGACAGCAAAUCACCCCAAAAACACCAGGAGGAAGAUGUGUUUGCAGAUUUUGCAUCAGUGAAACGUGACCCUACAAACUCACAACCAUCAUUUGAUGGUCAUAAUCACAAACUGAAUGAUAAAGAGAAGAGAUUAUUUGAAUCAGAUUUGGACAAGUCAGAAUCUGAUGAUAGCUGUGAAUGGAAUGAAGUUGUUAAGGGACCUCAAGUUCCUAAGACAAGCAAGCAUGCUGUGGAAGAUCCAGGCUAUGCUGAAGAGGAUUCAGACAGACUAACAAGCUUGAUUGAGAACAAUUACAUCUUUCCUGUAGAGUCUGACACAUCAGAAGACUCAGACUUUGUAAGUGCCUCGUUCUGGUUGCGGAACAGGGUCCCAGAAAAAGCUGACAGCUCCCCUCCACCUCUACCAGGUGAGAGACUGGAUUCAUUGGGACCAAUGUCAGCGACAGUAUGUGCACCAAACUCAAGGUUAAAUCCAUUUACAGAAAGGAAUUAUUUGCAUGAAAAUGGUAGAGUCAGUCCAACUUUGCUGUCCUUAGGGGUUGCACCUUCUCCGCAUGUGAUGACACUGAUUGACAAUGAACCAGAGCCGGUUGACCAAAAUUUGUAUGAUGUACCAAGGCCUUAUCCAUGCCCCGUUCCUACUAAGGUUCUGCCUCCUGCUGUCGUAAAUACUGGGCUUGAAAAGUUUAAAACAAUACCCGUAUCAGAAAGCAGUUUAAGUGAUAACAAAUUGCCAUCACAGGGUAAGGGCAAGGAUUCUGGUGGUAAUGAGAUGUUUGUGGCAUGCAAAAAAGGUGCCUUGAUAGAUUUCAGUGAAACUGACCAAGACAGACCAAAGAGUGAUGAAACUAGUGUACUAAAUAGGAUAACCCAGCUGAAAUCAGAGUAUACAAAUGUACAUGCAGACAAUCAUAGUGCUGGUGAUGGAGAUCCUGAGGAUGAGAGUGAUGAUGUGUAUGGGGCCUCCUGGCUAUGCUCAAGUGCAGGUUCGGAACUGACUGAUGUUAAGUCAGGUCAGAGAGAUGACCUAGCCAAGGCUCCUUCAGGUGCCAGGCCUAAACAGGUCCCAGUAGAGACUCAGAAAGAACAAUACAAAGUACCUUUCAAUCACACUGCAUCAGCACCUGUGUUUCAAACAGAGUACGAACCAAACACUAAGCCAGAGCAACUAGUUGUUGAUGUUGGAAUGGUCGAUACUUUCAUUAGUGAAAAAAUGAGUCAAGUGGAAUUAAGAAGUGCUCAAGAAGGCCAUAACAAGGAAACCAAUUCAAAACAAAAGCACAAAAGUGGCAUUUUGAAAAAACUGUUUCCAAGGCUGUCUCGUGAAAUUGAAUUACCUGAACAAUUGAUCGUUGAUUUACCUUCCCAUUCCCAGAAUGGAUCUGGGGCCGCAGGGGCAAAGCAGGAUGGGAAUCUUUACUCUGAUAUGCCUGGUCAGGAUUGUAGUGCAUCUGCUGCUUGCCAUGUGGAAGCAGGGCAUUGUGAAAUAAGUAAUCCAGAAUUCAGAAAGUCAUUCAAUAGUGCUGAGGAAUCAAAACCUCUCAGUUUACCGAAACGGGACUUUGGGGAAUAUAAUUCUCCAAUAAAACAUAAUACAAGUGUUUUAGGUGCUUUAAACCAGAACUUCUAUGAAGAUGUCCAAAUGCCAGAACCUAGUGAAGUCCAAAGUGCAAACAAAAAUGGACUUAAGGAGGUAAGCGGUAAAUUUGUAUCUCAAGACAAGGAAGAUCCCCCUGUAGCCCCUCCCAGAAGAAACAAAAUGAUGACCUUGAAAAGCCCGUCUUUAGAUUUCAGUAAAUCGUUAGGUAACUCUUCCUAUGGAACAGAAACAUUGGGUCCCAGUAAGGAAGGCAAGGUGCCUCCAGCUACCAGGCCCCCUGCCCGCCCUCCCCCAGUGGACCCAGUGGAUAUGCGAGCUAAGUUGCCUACACCACCAACAUGUAGAAAAGCUGUAGAUGAUAGACCUGCAGUGCCACCACCCCCUAGACGAUCUAUCAUGGUACAAAAUGUAUCAGAGUCAGCGCUAAAUAAAGGUGUCAGUGGGGCCAGACCAAAGUCCAUGCACAUCGCAUCAAGGCAGCAGUCUGUGUCAUCAUCAUCGGGGUCCGUGCUCACGGUCAUGAAUCUGAAGCAGAAUCAGGUGGACAUCCUCCGUUCCGAGAUUGAGUCCGUCAGUGGACUCUGCAAGCUCAUCUCCAAGGCUCACUUUAUGCAGGGACUAGCACUUGUUGAGUGCUUUGGACGGAUUUGGAUAUGUGGCUGGGAUGUCAAGAAAUUUCCACGACUUUAUGACAAGUUCCACAUUGGGGAUGAACUGACGGCUGUCAAUGAUGUUCAAGUAUGCGAUAUCGACUUUGCUCAUAAACUGGUGAAAAAUGUUAAAGCUGAAAACAUAGAGAUAUCAAUACGCAGAUUGCCCCAUGGUCAGGUGUUUGCCAUACAGCGUAGUGCAGAAGGUGAAAAUCUUGGCAUUCGAAGAGAUGGGCCUACAGCUGAGAUCAUCUAUGUUGAUCCCCAUGGACUGGCCAGCAAACAUGGUCUGAGUAACAAGGCCACAUCCAUGGACAAGGUCACUUUGUGUAACUGGACACUCACUGAGGUCAACAUGCGACCACUCAACCUCUUCUCCAAGGACAAACAAAUUGAGCAUCGGUUGCUGGCAGUCGGUAAAGACAUCUCCAUAGUGGUCCAGCCUUCAGACCUUGUGAGGGAAAUAAAGAAACAGAUGAAGAAACUGAAGAACUACAAAGACUUCCUCCUUGAAUGAAGAGGCCCUAGGGGGCUUAACCAUCAAGUUCUUUGAUUGAGUCUCUAAACAUAAUCAUAGUUAUAAGAAACUUUCAUGCCAUUUUCAAACUCUAAGUUCUUAUUAAAAUAUGCAUUAAUUUUACACAAUUUCCUGAACCCAAACAGUAUUUGCUAUAGGGUACUUUUUUCAUUGAUCUAUGAAAACUCAUAUAUGCCACUGGUUUUCUGUGCAUUUACAUGUUUACUCAUUUCAAUGUUAACAAUUGCAAGCUAUACUUGAGUGAAAAGAUAUAAGACAAAAUGUUUUGUAAUUAAACUUAUCUUAAAAUUACUGACUCGUAUGAUUUUCAGGAAUUGUUUUGUUCUUGUUUUUUUUUUAACUUUGUAAAUAUGGGCUUAAAUCAACUUACUUUGUUUAUGGUCACAUUACUUGUGAUUAAUUUUACUUUUAAUAUAUAGUGUAGCUUACGAGGUUUACUGUGCCUGAAAUAUUUGAUCUCUGAUUAUAUAAUAAUAUUACCAGCAUCAUGUAAAAAUGGGUCUUAUGCCACAUGCUGCCAGCAUAGCUUGAGAUCAGCUUGGUAUUUGAGCAGUCUGGUAAUGAGCUAACCUGUCUGCUAUGAAGUGACUCAGGUUUUGUAGUCCCAUUAUGGACAGGCUGGUCUGGACAUACACUGGCAGCAUGAGACAUAAGGUCCAUUUUUGCAUGAUGCGGAUCAUAUAACCAUGUAUGCAUUGUUUGGAUGUAGAAGAGUAGGAGUACGAAACAUGUAUCCAAUUCAAUUUUUUUCAGAUUGUCUGGGUGUCAUAUUGUUAAAUAUCUUAAUUAUUUCCAUGUUUCAAAGCAGUUUUAAUUAGUAAGUGUUAUUUUAUUUAGAAUACCUUGUAGAGAUUCUAAUGAAGUAAUAAUAAUUGUAAUCUUCUCUUCAGUGACAAAGCAGAAAUUUAAUUGAUGUUGGCAAUGUUGCUUGAUUGUUUUAAUAAAGAUGAUGUGAUAUCAGUUUUAAGAUGUCAUGGUAAAUCAGUAUCUAGAAUAGUUUUCAUGAGAUACUAUAAAUUAGCUGAGUUUAGCUUCCAAUUGUUAGGAAUAAAAUAUUGUCAUGAAAGUAUAACUAUGAGAAUUAAUAAUCUGUAAAUAAUCCUAAAUCUAUCUCCAUUUAACUGUCCUACCAUUUUACUUAUGAUUCAUUAUAUGUAGACUUUAAACAAAUAUCGGUUAUGUUUGCUGACUGUACUAAAUACAUAUAUAUUGUUAAUUUUAUUUUGCAAAAAAUGUGGCCCAGUUCAUACAUAUUUAUAUGUUAUAUGGAAUGAUUGGAAUUUUGAGUAUAAAUUAUUCACAAGUGUAAUAAACUGUGUAUUGACA